AUGGCAUCAUACUUGAAAAACGUUGCAAUUAUCGGCGCUAGCGGCACCGUUGGCAAAAUCAUCCUCGAUGGCCUUGCAUCUUCCCAGUUCGAAAUUACCGUCAUUUCCCGCAAGGGGAGGGAGGCGACUUUCCCAUCUGGUGUGACUGUUCUCAAGACCGACUACUCGGACAACGGUCUCGAGGUUGCAUUCAAGGGCCAAGACGUCGUCAUUUCGGCUGUGGGUGCCAGCGCAUUUGGCGAACAGAAGAAGUUCGUCGAUGCUGCCAUCCGUGCAGGUGUCAAGCGCUUCAUCCCAUCUGAGUUCUCGGCAAAUAGUCAGAACGAAGCUGUGUUGCAAUUGCAGCCAAUAUUUGGGCCGAAGAAGGAACUCGUCGAGUAUCUCAAGAAUAAGGAGACCGACGGGUUGACCUGGACUGGUAUUGCUUCUUCCGGAUUGUUUGACUGGGGUCUUACAAACGGGUUUCUGGAAUUUGACAUUGCCAGUCAUACGGCUACUAUCUGGGAUGGAGGCAACAAGAGUUUCACCCUAACCAAUCAGAAGGCCCUCGGGGAGGCUGUUGCCUCUGUUCUUCUGCAUCCCGAUGAAACCAGAAACCAGUUUCUGUUUAUUGCCUCGGUUGAAACCACUCAGAAGGACAUUCUUGCUGCCUUGGAGGAGGAAUUGGGAGUUAAAUGGACCGUAAACGAAACUACCACAGACAUUCAAGUCAACGAGGCAGCCAAGAAGCUUGCUGCUGGGGACUUUAAUGGUGCUUUUGCUCUGGUUCGAGCCACUGUUUUUGGCAACACCCCGGGGCUCCAUUCAAACUAUGCCAAAGAGGAGAAUCUGGCGAACAAUGUGUUGGGACUUCACUUGGAAACUGUCAGCGAUGUUGUCAAGCGUGUCCUCAAUAAAUAA